GGCUUAAAGCAGUCUUCAAGAGAGACGCUUGACGCUUGCACACACAAUGUUAGUGUAGACUCUGUGGACCCCUAUAGAGUUAGACUGUCUUUUUACGUUGUCUUAUCCAAACUAUGACUGGAGUAUUCGACAGAAGGAUUCCGAGUAUUAAACCUGCAGAUUUCCAAAACCCUUUUCAGCUCUCCACGAUGCAUCAUCCAUCUCAGGAAUCUCCAACCCUACCGGAGUCGACAGCCACGGAUUCUGGCUAUUACAGCCCAGCUGGAGGAGUUCAUCAUGGCUAUUGUUCACCGAACUCGGGCACAUAUGGGAAACCUCUUAAUGCCUAUCAGUACCAAUACCACGGAGUCAAUGGAUCUUCUGGAAAUUACCCUGCAAAAUCCUACCCUGAUUACGGCUCAUACUCUACAGCAUAUCACCAAUAUGCCGGAACAUAUAAUAGGGUGCAGUCACAACCGAGCCCGCAAGAAAAAGAAACAGCCGAGCCCGAAGUGAGGAUGGUCAACGGAAAACCCAAGAAAGUCCGGAAGCCCCGCACCAUCUACUCCAGUUUUCAGCUCGCUGCUCUGCAGAGAAGGUUUCAGAACACGCAAUACCUCGCGCUUCCAGAGAGAGCCGAGCUCGCGGCGUCGCUGGGACUCACACAGACACAGGUGAAAAUCUGGUUCCAGAACAAAAGAUCAAAACUAAAGAAGAUCAUGAAAAACGGCGAACUGCCACCAGAACACAGCCCCAGCUCCAGCGACCCGAUGGCGUGCAACUCCCCGCAGUCUCCCGCGGUCUGGGACUCACAGGGUCCUCAGAGACCUCACCAUCAGCCGCAAAAUAUCAACACAGCGGCAUCCACGUUUCUGGAAAGCGCCAGCUCUUCCUGGUAUUCCUCCACCGGGGCGAUGAAUUCUCACCUUCAGGUGCCUGGCACGUUACAACACUCGUUGGCACUCGGAUCAGGAACGUUGUACUGAAAUCUGUUUAUUAUUUUGUUGUAUAUUGGACUGGUGUUAACAAUUUUUUUGAGGAAUAUGCAAUGUAUCGAUAUGGCAGUCCUAGAAGAACGUGUAUAAUGUGUAAAUUGUGUGCAUGUAAUUUAUUGCAUUUGGAAGAAUUAUUAAAUGUUUUAAAUGGACAAUGGACCCAAACACUCUGAAUGGUGCCUUGAAUUUUGACCUCAACGCGUACAUCCGACGAUGUGCCAAAACAUUACGGACAACCCCAAAUAAAUGUGUUUUUCUUUAAUUAUCAAA